CUUGAAUGUGUGAAUUAGCUUAUUCGUAUUUGAAGAUUGAAAUGGUGUUUCAACCUCUAUGGAACUAGUAAGCUGAAGGGUUUCCCUCAUGGCUAAUUAUUCAACAACUUUGUAAAAGGGAUGCUAUAUCAUGUUUCCUCGAGUAGUUGAUGAACAGAAAUUUGUAGAUUAUUAGAAAAAGCUCGGUUGGAUAACUUUGACUUUCCUCUCUAAUAAUGCUUAACAAAUAGAAGACGCAAGAAGAAUUAGGCAAAUUGGGCUAAUCUUGGUUCAAGCAUGAAUAUUGCCAUGACUUCUCGACCGAGGAAAAAGUGCUACAUUUAUCAAUGCGUCUUUUGAAGUUAUCUGGUAUAAAAUACUCGAGAAAAAAAAAAAAAAAAAAAACAUAUUAAAGCCAUCCCAAUAAAAGGAAAGAAAUAAAGAAGGGAUCGUCAUGCAAAGACACGGUUGACAGAUAAAAUCUCAACACAAUAGCUUAAUGAAGAUUAAUAAAAGUUGGGAGAUCAUGAAUAAUACCACUACCAACUGUCCCGCACCAAUAUAAGUACUUUUAAUAUCUCCAUCUUAUUUGGUCCAAUCAUCUUUGCAUGUCAAAGUUAGCAUGUAUCUUCUACAAAUGCCGCUACUCGGCAAGACCUCCUUCCUCGGCACUCUUGAAUCAUGGCUCCUCUGUGGGUACAAGAGCUUCAUUUCCCCCACCUCAACAUCCCCAUCACCAUUGAUCGUAUGGUUCCAGUGAUGCCUUGCGGCCCUUCUCUGGCUGCUCCUGGCAAAACUCUCUAUCUCUCCAACCUCGACGACAUGAUUGGAGCCCGAGUUUUCACCCCAACAAUAUAUUUUUAUCCAUCAGACCACAAAAAACCAGUCAUGAGCACACUACGAAAGGCUCUUGCCAGAGUUCUAGUUCCAUACUACCCUUUAUCAGGCAGACUGAGAGAAACCCGGAAUGGGAAGCUGGAAGUGUUUUUUGGACCGGAACAAGGUGCACUCAUGGUGGAGGCACACUCCGAAAUGUCCUUAGCUGAUUUAGGAGACCUUUCUGUUCCGAACCCUGCUUGGACGCCACUGAUUUUCAGGUUCCCAAAUGAAGAGCCUUACAAAGUUCUUGACAUGCCAUUACUUAUCGCACAGGUGACCCUUUUCAGCUGUGGUGGGUUUAGUAUUGGUUUGAGGCUCUGCCAUUGCAUAUGUGAUGGCCUUGGUGCUAUGCAAUUCAUCAGUGCUUGGGCUGCAACUGCGAAAGCAGGCAGAUUGAUAACCAAACCAGAGCCAUGUUGGGACAGGGAAUUUUUUCGGCCACGAGAUCCGCCCCUGGUCAAAUUCCCACAUAUGGAGUUCAUGAGAAUCGACGACGGCUCAAGCCUGACAACCAGCCUAUGGCAAGCCAAGCCUGUUCAGAAAUGUUACCGAAUUGGCAAUCAGUUUCAAGCAUGGCUGAAAACUAUUGGACAACAAGGCAACACGUCUAGUUGCACUACCUUUGAUGCAAUGGCAGCACAUAUUUGGAGAUCAUGGGUUAAAGCACUUGAUGUGAAGCCUCUAGACUACGAACUCAGGCUCACAUUUUCUGUGAAUGCUCGGAGGAAGCUUAAAAACCCACCAUUAAAAGACGGUUUCUAUGGCAACGUGGUUUGCGUGGCCUGCGCAACAAGCACAGUUUCGGAGCUUGUUCAUGGGUGUCUUUCAGAUACAACGCGUUUAGUUCGUGAAGCUAGGCUUGGUGUCUCUGAAGAGUAUCUGAGAUCUACAGUGGAUUAUGUAGAAGUGGACAGGCCAAGAAAGCUGGAAUUUGGAGGCAAGUUGACCAUAACUCAGUGGACACGAUUCUCAAUUUAUGAGUCUGCAGAUUUUGGAUGGGGAAGACCAGCUUAUGCUGGGCCUAUAGAUUUGACUCCCACACCACAGGUUUGUGUUUUUUUGCCUGAAGGGGAGGCUGAUCAUAUUGGGAGUGAGGCAAUGGUGGUCUGCAUUUGCUUGCCUGAAUCUGCAACCAAAAAAUUCACUGAGCUUUUGUGUCUCAUGGGUUCAAAUGAAGAAAUUGCAAAUGCCAUAUACCAAUGAAAAUGAAAUGGAGGGCAUUGAUUUAUUAUUGCUGCUUAUAGAUCACCUCCUUGAAUUGAUGGAUCCAUUCGUUGCUGCUUAUAGAUCACCUCCUUGAAUUGAUAGAUCCGUUUUGGGCCUUGUGUUUGAGCUCCCAAUUUUAAUAAAUCCAUUAUUAUUUUCUUUUUUACCUUUCUUUCUUUCUUUUUUACUUUUAAAUAAAAAAUAAAAAAAAUCAUUUUAUUUUUUAA